CGUUGGUAUCCUCGAUUCCGUCGUCGUCGUCAUCGUCAUCGUCAUCUGUAUCCACAGUUGCGAUUGCCAUCUCCAAUACUUGCUUGCUUACAGUUAGUUAGUUAGUUAGUCGGCAAAACAAUCCGAACAAGAGUAUCAAAAUCAACUACUAGCUGUCUGUCUGUACGCAUUCUUGUAGACAACAUUCGUGAUCAUGAAGUUUGGGGUGUCGGCCACUCUCGUUGCGGCAGUCUCGUUGCCGACGACGACGUUGGCCUUUGCGCCAUUGUUGCUGUCGACGUCGUCCUCCUCCUCCGCCAUCGCCUCAUCUCGGGCACACUAUUCCCGCAUUGCCUCCACGUCUCUCUCCCUGUCCACACCGGCCGACGACUCGGCGUUUGACUUUGACGUGGCCAUUAUUGGGUGCGGCGUCGGCGGCCACGGUGCCGCUUUACACGCCCGGGCGCAGAGCUUGCGGACGGCCGUCUUUGCCGGCAACGACGUGGGAGGCACCUGCGUCAAUCGUGGUUGCGUCCCCAGCAAGGCACUCUUGGCAGCGUCUGGAAGAGUCCGGGAAAUGCGUGAUUCGGCGCAUCUGGAAUCACUCGGCAUCCAAGUAGACGCCGACGCCGUCCAGUACAGUCGCGAAGGAAUCGCCGCGCACGCCAAGAAUCUGGCCAACCGUGUCAAGGGAAAUCUGGAAGCUUCACUCGUUGGUUUGGGAGUUAGUGUGGUGGAAGGACGAGGUGUGCUUACCGGAAAACCGCACCAAGUCAAGGACGAAACGACCGGAAAGGUUUAUACUGCCAAGGACAUCAUUUUGGCACCCGGCUCCAUUCCCUUUGUCCCUCCGGGUGUCACGGUGGACGAAAAAACCGUCUACACUUCCGACGGUGCUCUCGAACUACCCUUUGUCCCGGAAUGGGUCGCCAUUGUUGGAUCCGGCUACAUUGGUCUCGAAUUCAGUGACGUGUACACCGCGCUAGGCAGUGAAGUCACCUUUAUCGAGGCCCUCGACAAUCUGAUGCCCACCUUUGAUCGCGAAAUUGCCAAACAAGCCGAACGAUUGCUCAUCCGAGACCGACCGAUUGAUUACCGUACCGGUGUCUUUGCUUCCGAAGUCACUCCCGGAAUUCCUGGAGAAAAACCCGUUACCAUCAAGAUGAUUGACGCCAAGACCAAAGAACACGUGGAAACCUUGGAAGUGGAUGCUUGCAUGGUCGCCACGGGCCGUGUCCCGAACACGGCCAACAUGGGUUUGGAAGAAAUCGGCGUGGCGACGCAACGCGGUUUCGUAGCGGUCAACGAAAAAAUGCAGGUCCUCACCAGCCACGAAGACGGUCAAGUAGUACCCAACGUGUGGUGCAUUGGUGACGCCAACGGCAAAAUGAUGCUCGCACACGCCGCCAGUGCCCAAGGCAUUAGUGCGGUGGAGAACAUUUGUGGCCGCGCUCACGCCGUCAAUCACGAUGCCGUCCCGGCGGCCUGCUUUACGCAUCCCGAAAUUUCCAUGGUCGGUCCUACCGAAGAACAGUGUGUGGAAAAGGCUGCCAAAGAAGGUUGGACCCUAGGCAAAUCCCAGGGAAGCUUCCGGGCCAACUCCAAGGCCCUCGCGGAAGGCGAAGGCAACGGGAUGGCCAAGGUCUUGUUCAACAAGGAGACGGGCAAAGUUGUGGCGGUGCAUAUCAUUGGUUUGCACGCGGCCGAUUUGAUUCAGGAAUGUGCCAAUGCCGUCGCGGCCGGAACCACCGUGCAGGAAUUGUCCAUGAUGGUCCAUACGCACCCGACCUUGAGUGAAGUCAUGGACGAAGCCUUUAAAGGGGCCGUCGGCAUGUCGAGUCACUAAACCGACCCUCGUGCGAGACACGGGUUGGGGCCAUCGAAAACUAACCCCACCUUAUAC